AUGGUAUCAGACGACGCGUUCGGUCCGCACCGUGCUUCCGCUUCCUCUGCCGCCGCCGCGUCGGCCUUCGCCGCCGCGCCGCCUCCAUCAACCCUGGCGACGGAAUCGCCGUUCAUGGCGUCUACCCCGCUCGCCUGGGCCCGUCCGUCCGCAUCGGGGUCGCGUCCUCCAGCGCCCCGAUCGCCCGCGCCUUCGAUCGCCUGUGAUGCCGCCCUGGCGUCGCACGCGUUUGAUCCCGCGCAGCCGUCCAGAAAUCCAUCGCUUGCGUACGGUGCUCCCAUGCAGGAUCGAUGCGAUCCAUCCCUGGCGGCCGUCAACCCUGGCUACGGUGCCCCCAUGCAGGAUCGGGAUCGCGUCCCCGCGCAGCUACCUUACGGCGCCGCUGCGAACUCUGCUGCGCCGCCGGCCUCAGGCCCUCGUGGCACUCCCGUCCAGAUGCCGUACGGUGGGCCGUAUCCAGCGCCGUACGUUGCGCCGUCGUCGCCGUAUGUCGCGCCGGCACCGUAUGCUUCGUCCUCCGCGGUGCCCUACGAGGCGCCGUAUGGCGCGCCCUACGCUGUCUCUGUGCCGCACGCCGCGUCGCUGCAGCCCUACGGCGUACCUCCUACGGCGCCCUACGGUCAUCACCAACACUACCGUACGUCUCCGUCGGCCGAUGCGCUGAUUCCGUAUAGUGCUCCUCCGACGUACGACUCGCAGCUCUCCGCAUCGGUGGCUGAACCAGGACCUUUCCACUUCUCUCACCUGGUGACGGUGAAGCUCUCUGCUGACAACUACUUCCUGUGGCGCGCUCAGGUGUUGUCGCUGAUGCGUAGUCACUACCUUGAGGGGUAUGUCGAUGGUACGCUGCCGUGUCCCCCGGCCGUGGUUCCGGUGCCCUCGGCCGCUGGUGGCUCCGUCAUGGUGUCCAACCCUGCUCAUCGUCGGUGGAUCGCUCAGGAUCAAGAUAUUUUGGGUGCCAUUCAGUCCUCGCUCACACCCUCCGUGGCCGGCAUGGUGGUCUUUGCCGCGACGUCGAGGGAUGCAUGGGCCACGCUCGACUCCAGCUUUUCCUCGCAGUCGCUGGCCUGUUCCUCUGCCAUUCGUAACCAGCUGGGUGAGGUCAAGAAAAAUGACAUCUCUGUCACGGCCUUCUUCAACAAGGUCAAAAGUUUGGCUGAUACACUGUCGUCUAUUGGGAAGCCUCUUCGUGAUGAGGAGUUUACUUCGUUCAUUCUCAAUGGGCUUGAUGAGGACUAUGAUUCUCUCGUUGAAAACAUUAAUGGACGUGACACACCGAUGCCGCCUCGCGAUAUCUAUGCACGCCUUCUCAACACCGAACAGAGGCUCGCUGCUCGCCGCUCCGUUGGCGUCUACACGGAGGGCCCUUCUGCGAACGCUGCUCUCCGCGGGGGCGCCCGCGGUGCCAAGCAGAAGGCGCCGCCGACCUCAGGCAACCAGCCCCGUCCGCCCGCUCCAGCUCCGACGGCUGGCCUCAAGCGGCUCCACUGCGAGGCAUGUGGUGGUGGGGUUGAGUGUCAACUCUGCGGCAUCGAGGGGCACUUGGCGUCUCGCUGCCAUCGUCGCUUUAAACGAGAUUUUCUUGGCAUUGGGAACAAUGGGAAGGGCAAUGAGAAGCAAGCUGCUCUCGCUACACCGGAUCCCGGGUUCACUCCUUCAUACUCGGUGGAUCCUGCCUGGUACAUGGAUACGGGCGCUACGGACCAUUUGACGAGUCAGCUUGACAAGCUGGCCACUCGCCAGCCCUACACCGGUCACGAUCAGGUCCGCACGGCCAAUGGAUCAGGGACUGGACGAGGUGCUCGACUUGAGCUUCUGGAUGAUGAUAUGGCCACAACUGCGCCAGUUGCUGCUACGCCGGAUGAGGCGCUCGACGAGGCUGCCUCCGCCACUACCUCGCUUGACCCCGACGUCGAUCACGCGUGCAUGCCCCAUGCACGAGGAUCCGACGGGGUGACCAAGUCGCCGGGGCCAGCGGUCUCGCUGUCGCCUGGGCCGGCCGAACCUGCGGAGCUGUCGGCCGGGCCGGCUGGACCCGCGGCGCUCUCCCCUGAGCCGGAGGCCUCGCAGGUCACCGAGUCUUCGUCGCCUGGUCCGUCGACGCCGGUCACGCCCGGUCUGUCUUCGCGGACCCUGACCGUGCCACCGGAUGUGCCUGUUGACUCGCCCGCCGGUGCGUCCUCCUCGUCGCUGAUGGAUAGUGGCUCCUCUGGUAUGGCAGCUGCAGCGCCACCUCCGCCUGUCGUCCUGCGUCCCCAUACUCGCAGCAAAAGUGGCAUCUUCCAACCGAAGAAGCGCACUGACGGCACUGUCACGUGGCUUGCGGCCUGUGUGGCACAUGCUGAGGCUGACCCUACGACUGAACCACGACAUUUUUGA